AUGGCAACGUGCGACAAACACUGCCAAACAUUCUCAUUGAGUAGCGAUCAAAACGGGUCGGCUAACGAUUAUGCACGAGUGAUGUAUGACGAGACGGUUAACGUGGUUAACGCUAGAGAGAUCGACAGCCCGUCGAGUGACGAGGAAGUGGUAAAGGCAACGAUGUCCAAAUUUAAUCCGCCAGUAAGGCACACCGCCAGGCAUGACUUCGAUUCCGACAGUGAAACCGAGUCCGAGGGCGACAAGUUUCUGGAAAAUAUGUCCGGCGAAGAUCAGUCACCGGAUAGAAAGUCGCAGCCUUCAGAAAAAUCAAUGGAAGCCCCCAAAGUGAGCAGGGCUGACCUUAUGAAGGAGACUAGCGGCAGAUCCAGGCCUGUCGCUAAACGUGAAGAUUCGUCUAAUUCAGACACAGACACAGGAGACUUAGAACCUGAGCGAGUGGAUCCGAUGUUGGGCAGUGGCCGUAAAAGAGGUGGUGUGGUCAUACCUGCUGAAGGUGCCUACGAUCCCAAGAAUUUCAUGGACUUGAAGGUGCCUCCGGAAAUGGAGAACAUCUUCCAAUAUAUUAUGAAAUACACACCUCAGAAGAUAGACAUAGACCUCAAACUGCAGCCGUUUGUACCGGAGUAUGUGCCUGCUGUCGGCGACAUAGACGCGUUCAUCAAAGUCACCACCCCUGCCUGCAACGUGCGCGCGGCAUCCCUCGCCGACCACGUGUUGGAACACAUUGAUAAUUUAGGGCUGACGGUGCUGGACGAGCCGGCCGCUGAGCAAAGUGAUGCGGCGUUACUACACCUCCAGCUCAGAGCCAUCUCCAAGACCAGCAGUGCGAAGUCUACUGUGGUAACAAAGAAGAUAGAAAACGCAGAGAAGAAUUCCAAAGCCAUUGAACGUUGGAUCAAGGAUGUGAGUGAACUACAUCUGUCUAAGCCCGCGCCUACUGUCGCUUAUACAAGCAAAAUGCCCGACAUAGACACGUUAAUGGAAGAAUGGCCGGAAUCUAUGGAGGAGACGUUGAAUGAGGUCGGUUUCCCGCCAGGCAAUUUGGACUGCAGUCUAUCCCAAUACGUGGACCUUGUAUGCGGACUGUUUGACGUACCCAUAGCCGGUGACACUCUGAACGAUAGGAUCCAAGCCCUACACCUACUGUUUAGUUUAUACUCUGCGGUUAAAACGUCGCAAUUAUAUGCUGAAAGACAGAAGGAGAGAAGCGAUAGUAACGCUUAA